AUGCCCACAGGUGAGCCGCUAGCCUUGUACCUGUUACAUGUAGAGCACACGCUACAACAACCCUGUGAUCUUGAUACGUUUCAGAGUCCGUUUGGGACAAACGGUCGCCUUGAGCGUGUUCCCGUCCUGCAUGCCUUCGGUGCCAUGCGCGACGGUACGCGGUGCUGUGUCCACAUCCACAAUGUGUUUCCCUAUUGCUAUGUGGAAUACCGUGGAGCGCUGGACGAGCAUGCCGUACAGGCAUACACAAAGCGGCUGGCUCGCGCACUGAAUGCAGCUUUUGCUACAUCGCUGCCUCCAUCCCUCGUACAACCGCAGCAUCAAUACAUUGCCGCCAUCCAUCUGUGCAAGGCCAAGCUCUUUUAUGGGUACCAUGACCGAUGGUCGUACUUUCUCAAAAUAUCAUACACGAAUCCGGCGCUUCGCAUGCGACUCUCUACUUUUCUCGAGCAAGGGCGCGCCAUGCAUACAUUCCAGCCGUACGAGGCACAUGUUCAAUACCAUUUGCAAUGGAUGCUCGAUUACAAAGUAUUUGGCUGUGACUGGGUCUUUUUCGAGCAUGCUAUCUCCCUGCCUCGCUCUACGUCUUGUCGUGUCGAAGUGCAUGCCCAAGCGCAUGACAUUUUGAAUCGGCGAGUAAACCACGCUUCCGAUUCCCAGGCAUCCCAAUCGAGCUUCCAAGACGAUCCUGUGGUUCCCAGCUUACGUGCAUUAUGGAAGCAGUACCGAGAACGCCGCGCGCAAUAUGACAUGGGCCCACCACCUUCUCUUACAGGCGAACGUUCCGUCGAUGCAUCGGAUAGGGCGUGGGAUGCUACGUCUCGUAUGCUGUGCCAAUGGGAAGAUCGUGUUCGUCAAGCUCCUGCUGGACCUGCUUCGCCACCGCCACUUGAUGCUCAUGUGCCUGCUGCAUAUGACACCGUCGAACUGUUUCACGAGACGCGACCUAGUACGGCGCAUGUCGAGACCUGCUCUUCGUCUACGUUGACUCCCUCAAGUCUAGUAGUGCCAUCGACUCCGUCGAUGAAUUCGAGUGCUCCCAUCUCCACGCCGCGGCCGCGCAUCAAGUCGCGUCGCGCUACGUCCUCUCUCUUCUUGUUUCAUGCACCGCCUUUGUCAUGCGCAGAACUGGACCAAACAUGGUCUCAGUACAACUUACUGCCCAUCGAGUAUCAGACAUGUCAUUAUACAAGUACCGCUGAUGUGCCGCGGCAUCAUGGCUUCUCUACAGCUCUCGAUGGACUCGAGGCGUUUCGCGGCCGCUCGCCUCGCCUUUCACGCGCUGUGGGUCGUAUCCCACGGUGGCAAUGGGCCCAUGCACCUCCAUCGCAUGCCCAAGUAAGCGCGUGGCUUGCACCGGAAAGAGGCACACAGCCAAUGAUUCUGGCCACGCCUAACUCGCAGGAAUCAGGGCCUUCGGAGAAAAAGUACCUCUCGACCUUGUGCAUUGAAGUCCUUGUCCACACGCAGGGAGACCAUGUACCCAAUCCACAGCACGAUCCCAUCUCAUGCAUAGCUUACUCGUGGAUGGAAGAAGCGGAUAACAGUGCCACGGGCUACGUGUAUUCCUCAGGUGUGCUCCUCGUGAGUGAAGAACACGUCAAGCUGGCUCUCCCCAUCUUGACCGUGCCCUCGGAACGCGCCCUACUUGAUACGCUUAUUUCGCUUGUUCGAUCCUGGGAUCCAGAUAUCCUUGCAGGUUAUGAUCUAUCACGCUCGUCUUGGGGUCUACUCGCGAACCGUGCACAGGCCGCGCAUGGAAUCGACAUGGCGCAGGAGCUCGGGCGCAUGUACGGCGCGAAGGACUAUUGUGGCCGUAGUGUCCUCAACGUCUGGCGCUUGAUGAGCACGCACAUUGCAUUGUCGCAAUACACGCUAGAGCAUGUGGUGCUUCACGUCCUCCAUGAGCGUUCGCCAGUGUACAGCUGGGCCACGACCGCCACCUGGAUGCAAUCACGCCAAGCGACAGACAGGGAGCGAGCGCUAUCGUAUGCGCUGCGACGCGUGAAGUACUGUGCACUUCUUCUCGCCAAGACUGAAGUAUUGCUACGCACUGCCGAAUUUGCGCGCAUGUACGGCGUCGACUUUUUCUCGGUUCUCUCUCGUGGAUCACAAUUCCGCGUCGAGUCCGUCGUUCUUCGCAUCACCAAGCCGCGGAGCUUUAUGCUGCCAUCACCAUCCCGAGCGCAGGUAGGCCGCCAGAAUGCGCCCGAGUGCAUCCCGCUCGUCAUGGAGCCGCUGGCUAACAUGUACCACAGCCCUGUGAUUGUACUCGAUUUCCAGUCUCUGUACCCCUCGAUUAUGAUGGCUUACAACAUAUGCUAUUCCACGUGUCUUGGUCGGAUCGCCCCAUUCAAGGGCACGUACAAGCUUGGAUUCACUGAUUAUACACCUGACGAACACACGCUGCGCGCGCUGCGUGAUGACGUCUACCUCCUUCCCAAUGGCCUUGCUUUUGUCAAGCCACAUAUCCGUGAGGGCGUGCUGCCACGCAUGCUUCGAGAGGUGCUCAGUGCCCGGGUCAUGACCAAGCACACACUUCGUGUGAUGCACAUGCAUCGCGGUAUGCAAAAAAGACUUCAAGCUCAGCAGCUGGCCCUUAAGCUGCUAGCCAAUGUAACGUAUGGCUACUGCGGUGCUACGUUCUCAGGUCGUAUGCCCUGCGUCGAGAUCGCCGACUCGAUUGUACAGGCAGGGCGCGAGACGCUUGAGCAUGCCAUGUCCCUCGUGGAGCGGACGCCUGAAUGGGGUGCGGAGCUGGUGUAUGGCGACACAGACAGCCUGUUUGUCCAUGUGCCUGGCCGAAGUAAAAAUGAUGCCUUCCGUAUCGGCCGUGAAAUUGCUGAGCGUGUCUCAGCGCUGCAUCCUGCCCCUGUGCUUCUCCGUCUGGAAAAAGUGUACCAACCCAGUCUGCUCGUUUCAAAGAAGCGGUAUGCUGGGUACCGCUUCGACUCACCUCAACAGGCACGAGCCGUUCUUGAUGUUAAAGGCCUCGAAAUGAUCCGGCGCGAUGGUCAUGCCGUGCAGCGGCGCUUACAAGAGGCUUGCAUACGUCUCUUGUUCGAAACUCGUGACCUGUCGGCCGUCAAGCGCUACUGCCAGCGGCAGUGGACGAAACUGUAUGCAGGCCAGAUAUCGCCGCAUCUUUUGAUCAUAUCUCGUCAGGUGAGACUUGUGUAUGCAUCACAGGCAUCUCUGCCGCCGGGUGCUGUCGUCGCCAUGCGACAACAUAGGCUCUUUGGACUGGCGCCUCACGACGGUGAGCGUGUCCCCUAUCUCAUUGUGCACGGUGCUCCCGCGUCCAAGCUGCAAGACUUGGCAAUUGCCCCUUCGGAGCUGAGCACAUACCCGCUCCAUAUGGAGUACUAUGUACAGCGCACGAUUCUGCCGGUACUCGAUCGCAUUCUUGGUCUCGUUGGGGUAAAUGUAUACGCAUGGCAUGAUGCUAUGCCACGCACGAGCAAUACGCGUGCAUCGUGGUCCUUGGCACCCUCCUGCCACGUAUGUGGAUACAAUGGACCCGACGACAUUUGUGUCGAUUGCUUGCGCAAUCCGGAAACGUCCAUGUACCGCGCAACCUGUGCCCUUUACGCCGCUGAGGCCCGGCAAUUGGGCCUUUACUCUAUGUGCACUACAUGCGCUCACACAAAAGAGCAACCACCGUGCAAAGCCUAUGACUGCGCCUUGCUUUACGCUCGUGCCGAACAAGAACGGCGCAUUCGUGUCUUGUCCACGUUGCCUGCGCGACUCGAAAAAGCAUGGCUUGCCGAACCGGACGAGCUACCCCAGUCCGACGCAUGGACGUGGUAG